UAACUUAUUGGACACCAGAAAUGUAUUGAAUAUUGUUUGCUUUGUUUGGUUAUCUUAAUUGACUAAAACGUUGCAUCUCAAAAUUUUAGAUUUAAUCUGAGUUAUCGACAUAUCAGUUUGCAUGGCCUGAAGGAAUGAGCCUAGAAAAAGCAACCGAUGAACAUAGGGAUGAAUAUCCUGAUAGAAGCGAAAACAAGGAGGUUGUUUUCGUAACCAAUUCACCUUCAGACAAUUCGAAGCGUAAACGUUAUCUGACUGCCAAAUAUGAUAGACGAACACGUCAAAAAAUCGGAGAAAAAAUCCGCCUUGAAAACUUUGUUUUUGAACAGCUACGUUUUCUUUAUUGUACACAGGUUGAUGAUUACGAUUGCGAUAUUGAUUUAGAUGAAAUAAUUGCUCUUAAGACGAACGAAGAAAAAGAAUGCAACUUAAAAGAGAAGCUUAGAUCUUGUCCGGCCAAACAAGAGCAGAUUGACAAUGAAUAUAUUAUGCGAGUUUAUACAGAAUCUUUUAAGAAGAUUGAAAAGUGUUGCAUAGUUUUUUGUCCAUUGGUAAAAUCACUCCUAAGUUGGAGAGUUGAACACUUGUCCUGGUUUGUGAAUGUAUCCGAAUCUAAAAUACGCAUACGAUUCAGUGCAUGCGUUUAUGUGUAUUGUGUUAAUACCAUGAUUCUGAAUUAAAAUGCUUCAUUAAUUCUUAUUAUUUGCAGAUAAUAUCCUGACUGCUUCCCCAAGCUUUACGCUAAUAAUUUUUCUCUUUUGACAAUAGACAGGGUGGAAAGCAACAAUUUCUUAGUCUUUAUCUUAUUUCCUAUUUACUUUUUCAAACCUAAUUCAUCUUUCCUUGAGCCCUGUCUUAUUUUUAUCUUCCCCUAUUCUCAGUCAGUAAAAUAGUCGUAUUCAGUACAUGCUACAAGUAACAAACUUUGUUUUCUCUAUCUGUCUUAUUUAAUUUCUUUCCUGUUCAUAGUAUUCUUGUGAACAGUAUAAAUAAUCAUUGUAGUCUUUUUGUACUCCAUCAACAUGUGUACAUGUAGAAUUCAUAACAUAUUUCUUCUAUUGUUUAAUGUCAAAGUAAGAAGGAUCUAUAAUGAAUGGUUGUAAUAUAUUCUCACAGUUCCAGUGAAGUGUUCACUUAUACUUUUACUUGAUACCUGUUUUGUAUGAUUUGUUUUCGCUUGUUGUGUGGUGAUGAAGUUAUAGGCAGUACAUUUACUUAUAAACUGUUCUAACCGUGGAAUGGCAUACAAAUUCUGAUGACUGUUACUGAAUCGUCAGAUUUAGAUGCAGGAAUCAGUUGAAUAAUUAUGGAUGAAAUGUUUAGGAAACCGAUGUACUUUAGGUGAUUCGAAUUAAUUUCACUCAGCGUUCCAGUCGGAGUUUUUACCAAUGAGUUGUUUGCAGCAGAAACAAGACCUUUGCUAAUAUAAUUUAUAGUGAAUUCUAGUGGAAUGUGAUGAUAGCUUUCAGUAUAAUCUGUAUUUCAGCAUUCAGGUAUGCCUCUAAACCCCUUCAGUCUUUCGAAAUUUCGAUUCCAAUCCAAAGGAAAAAGUUUCUACAAACACUACAAUAGUGUCUACAAGUUUACUUAGUUAUCAUAUCUUCUGUUAUACAACAGAUAAUAAUUGUUAUGAGAACUUAUAACUUCCCUGCAAGAACUUAGUGAAUUGAAGUUAUCAAUAAAGAAGCUACCGAUCCAUAUCAUCAUCAAGUCUAGCCUUAUGUAAUUGCAUAAAUAAAUUCCAUCCCACUUUGGUAAAUAGUCUACUUGGGCUUUGAUUCUCAAUUGAACGUUUUUUACUUUACAGUGAACAAGUAAGUUGGAGCAUUAAAAAGUUCAGUAGUAGUGAUUAUUCGUAUUGAAAUUAAGAUUUAUUUUGUUGUGAGACGGAUCAUACUAUAGUUUACUUUAGAUGUAAUCAAAACAUUUGUUUGAGGUAUUAACUUUCAAACCUGUGAUUUUUUUCACGGUUGACAAAUGAUAUUCGGCCUAACAAUAUUGUAGUGAUGUGAAGAAAUUUUAGCAGAAC